GCCCGGCCACGGUGCCGCCCCUGUUCCUGGCCCCGCUACCUCGGGGCUGACGCACUGACUGCCCGCACCGCCGGCUCCAGGAUGGGCGCACUGAAGGUAGUAUUCUGAAGUCUCAGGAAGCGGACUUGUUUAAAUGUUCAUGGCCCAUGAGAAAGGCAUAUAAGAAACCAUGGCACUCCCUUUUCAAAAAGAGUUGGAGAAAUACAAGAACAUUGAUGAAGAUGAGCUUCUUGGCAAACUCUCAGAAGAGGAACUGAAACACUUGGAAAAUGUUCUCGAUGACCUAGAUCCUGAGAGUGCACUGCUGCCGGCUGGAUUCCGACAGAAGGACCAGACGCAGAAAGCAGCCACGGGCCCAUUUGACCGCGAGCAUCUCCUCAUGUACCUGGAGAAGGAGGCUUUAGAACAGAAAGACAGGGAAGACUUUGUGCCCUUCACUGGAGAAAAGAAAGGGAGAGUCUUUAUUCCCAAAGAAAAGCCCAUAGAAACUCAUAAAGAAGAAAAAGUGACCCUUGACCCGGAACUGGAAGAAGCUUUGGCCAGCGCCUCUGACACUGAACUCUAUGAUCUUGCAGCUGUUCUUGGAGUACACAAUUUGCUCAAUAAUCCAAAGUUCGAUGAAGAAACAGCAAGUAGUAAAGGUGGCAAAGGGCCUGUGAGAAAUGUGGUCAAAGGUGAAAAGGUCAAGCCUAUAUUUGAGGAACCACCCAAUCCCACAAAUGUGGAAGUAAGUCUGCAGCAGAUGAAAGCCAAUGAUCCCAGCCUUCAAGAAGUCAAUCUCAACAACAUAAAGAACAUUCCAAUACCAACCUUGAAAGAAUUUGCUAAAGCUCUGGAGACCAACACUCAUGUACAAAAGUUCAGCUUGGCUGCAACCCGCAGCAAUGAUCCUGUGGCAAUUGCUUUUGCAGAUAUGCUGAAAGUAAACAAGACGUUGAAAAGUCUAAACAUAGAAUCCAAUUUUAUAACUGGAACUGGGAUCCUGGGCCUGGUAGAGGCACUGAGAGAAAAUGACACCCUGACCGAGAUCAAGAUUGACAACCAGAGACAACAGUUGGGAACAGCCGUAGAGAUGGAAAUUGCUCAGAUGCUGGAGGAGAAUUCAAGGAUCCUCAAGUUUGGAUAUCAGUUUACCAAGCAAGGGCCACGAACAAGGGUGGCAGCUGCCAUCACAAAGAAUAAUGACCUGGUUCGUAAAAAGCGAGUUGAAGCAGACCGAAGGUAAAUUUCUACAACAAGAGACGAAGUUUCACCAUGGCAGCCAUUUAAAAACAAAUGAAAACUUUCCUCCUUCCUCAUCGGUACCAUUUUAUCAAAGGUUGUUCAUUUCAGUUAGCCACAUGACUAAUAAUUUGUUAUCCUUUUUUAGCACUACUUAUUUAUCUUGGAUUUUUUAAUAUAUACAGUUGUUUUAUUUGCUCAUGGGCACAUCUGGCAACUUGCAUUAGUGGACUUACGCAAAUGUUAGUAGGUGACAACAAUCAAAAAUGAUUUAACUGCUUCCAUAUUGGAUUUUCUUGCUUUCUUACGUGAAUUUGUUUUUUAACCACUGAAAGGAAUUGAGUAUUUAAGUGUGUUUGUAACUAUGAUUAUGAUAGAGGCCUAUCUCUGUUUACAUGCACAGCUUUGAGUUAGGCUAAAUACAGCAGAAGUGUUCUACUGACCACAUAAGAAGUUAGUAUUGCCAAUCUUUCACUGGGUAAGAAAAUGUGACCAACUUAGAACAAAUUCUCUCUUAGUUCCGGAAAUAUUACUAAAUGCAUAUGCCUCACUGAUCAGCAAUCAGUGGUAUCAUCUUCAUAAAAGCAAGACAUUAUAUGAUACUUUAACACAGUCCUAGCAAAUAAGUAUAAAGUGUUUAUUUACCCACAAAAAUAGCUUCAAGCCAGACUUAGAAGUAAUAAAAUGAAUUAGCACACCAACCUUUACUUAUUAUUCAACAUAGAUUUAAUCUUUAACAUGACUCUGAUGGAUAACUUUUUACAAAGCUGUUUUAAAGCUUAUUAGGCACAAUGGGAAAUUUUUAAAUUUUAGUAAGAGAGAAGCUUUUAAAACAGUACACUCCUAAGUAAAACAAUAAUUGCACCCUAGUCAAGACUGUCUGAUAAACACGAUUGCAUUAUUUUGGCAAAUUUUAGAACCAUUUAUUGCUUUAUCUUUAGUAUAACAAGAUCACAGAAUGAAAUGUGAACAUCAAAGUUAAUUAUACAGAUUUUUGUCUACAUGGCAUGAUCCAUCCAGACAUUUGCAAACAUCAGGAAAAAAUGUGAAUUAUCACUUAUCCAGAUGUUUGUCUUCUCCAGAACUAGACAUGUGAAAGUACUGAGAUGAUUACAUGGUACUAUGCAUCAAUCUUAAUUUAGCAGUACAACCGUGCAAUGCUAAAAUAAAGAAACAAGUGACUGCUGACUGCA